AUGACACGCCUAAGUUCUCAAGCCUCAACAAGCCGCCGUAUAGGGGCAAUCAAAUCUCGAUUCGGGUGCAAAACCUGCAAGAUUCGUAGAGUCAAAUGUGGCGAAGAGAGGCCGAGGUGUCUCCGCUGCUCUAGCACAGGACGGCGAUGUGACUUUGAGAACAGUGAGGCACUAUCAUCAGAUGCAAUACCCAGCUACGCACUGUCGUUAUCUCCAAAUACAGGACAACGAGAGCGUCGCGCAUUUGAAUACUAUUUCCAUCAUGCAUCACAACAUCUAGCCGGCGGGAUGGGUAUUGACUUUUGGACAUCGAUUGUUCCGCAAGUCUGCCGCAGCGAGCCCGCAGUAUGGGAUGCCAUGAUUGCAAUUAGCGCAUUGUUUGAAUACCCCAAUCAGUGUUUGGACUUUCAUUUUUUGAGUGAUCACCGAAAAAAUGCGUACUUUCUCAACAAUGUCCAACAAGAUGCCUUGACAUGGUACUCGCGAUCGAUCUCCAGCGUGAACUCAAAGAUCCAGCGCGGCAGAGCUGAUCCUUACAUUUCACUCAUAAGCUGCGCUCUAUUCCACUGUGUGGAGACAAUUCAAGGACGUACAGAAGAAGCCUUGAAACUCUAUCGACAAGGUGUCAGCUUGAUUCUUGACCUUCGCGUCCAGAUGGGUCGUGAAGGAGCAUAUUCUGAAAAGGCCGCACUAUUAGAGCGUCACAUUAUGCCUUUGUUCCUGCGAAUGGGCACUCUUUCGUUGACCAUUUCAGGAACCCCACCUCCUAGUGAGCUUUUAGUUCUUUUCAAAAUAGGCCUAAGCGCCGGUGUUAAAUGUAUUGAUUCGGCAAGAAACACGAUUUCUGUUCUAGCUGCAGAAGCCGUCCUCUUUGAACGCGAAGCAGCCUCACGUCUUCGGGAAAUAGGAUCUCCGCCCGCGAUCAGCGCAGAAAUGAUUGCGAAAAAAGAAACGCUCCGAGCCCUACUUACCGAAUGGCAUCUUGCAUACACUAAACUUGGCCAAAGCACCAGCUCUCCAUCUACGGAGCCUUUGUUACUAUUAUAUCACGCUGCUGCAUCGAUUUGUGUGACUGGAUGCUUACAACAAGAGGAGACUGUUUAUGAUGUCCAUUUUGCAGACUUCACCACUAUCGUCGAGCAGUCUACUGUGAUUCUCGGAGCAGCAGGUUCAAAUGGUGCCCAGACACCAUUCACAUUCGAGGCGAGUGUGGGGCCCCCUCUCGCCGUGACCGUACUGAGAUGUCGUGAUCCAAGUUUGCGGCGAAGAGCAUUAGAACUAUUGCGACGAGCGCCUCCAAUACAAGGAUUUUUCAAAUGCCCUCCAUUGGCUCUUUUGUCAGAAGCCUUAAUAAACCUGGAGGAGGGAUAUAGCCUUUUUCUUAGGCAAGGGAAUCCCAACCUUGUCCACAACAAUGCCUCACUUGGCCUACCAGUUGUAAAGCCUCAGUCCGGGUCACAAGCAGCUCUCAUCCCUGAAGAGGCUCGAGUCCAUGACUAUGGUAUAUUCAGACCGAACAAGCGGCAGCCUCAUUGGAUCACUGAAGACCAUAUAGCACAGUACGGUCUUGGACCAGAUCAGCUUUAUCUAGGGUUUGCAAGAAAUCAAUUCGAUGUAGAAACCAACAGUUGGCGACCGAAUUAUCAAUGCAUUCCCUUGGGAGGCUAA